ACCCCAAGCGUUGCCACCAUCAACUCACAAGCGCAUCAGUCAGCAACCGUGUGCAGCUUUUUCUUACACUAUUUACCCUGCAUUUUUAAAACCCUAAAUUGAACAGAACAGAGGUUGUCUUCACAAACAGCACAAAACACCCAAAAAGUCGCAGAGCGAGAUAGCCCACAAAGAGUUGUCAUAAACUCCUCCAAAAAAGUACAGGGUCAGUAAGAGAUGGCUCAGCUGAAGGCAAUAUCUCCAUGUUCAUCACUCAAUCUAUCUGUUCAUGUCCCUAAGAGCGAUUUAAUGCUGUGUAAUGACAAUGUAUCUUUUUCAAAGAAGUCAGCUUUGUUUCAAGAGUUGGGCGCUAGAAACAGUGAGCUUCAGGGUGAUGCAGUUGUGAGCAAUAAAGGGAAUGGUCUUCGAGUUCAUUGCAACAAAGGGAUUCAAGCAGUACUAUCCCAUGAUAAAGCUACUGAGGUUUUUGAAGCUACAAAGACUAAAGGGCUAAGAGGAAAAUUAAACAAGGUUGUUUUAGCCUAUAGUGGUGGCUUAGACACCUCAGUUAUUGUCCCAUGGCUACGGGAGAAUUACGGUUGUGAAGUCGUUUGCUUCACUGCUGAUGUUGGUCAGGGAGUAGGAGAAUUGGAAGGCCUGGAACAAAAGGCCAAGGCUAGUGGUGCUUGUCAGCUAGUGGUGAAGGACUUGCAGGAGGAAUUUGUGAGAGACUUUAUUUUUCCCUGCAUGCGAGCAGGCGCCAUCUAUGAACGGAAAUACUUGCUGGGAACAUCAAUGGCACGCCCUGUUAUUGCAAAGGCCAUGGUGGAUGUUGCAAAAGAAGUUGGAGCCGAUGCUGUUGCUCAUGGAUGCACAGGAAAAGGAAAUGAUCAGGUUCGCUUUGAGCUCACCUUCUUUGCUCUGAAUCCUGAGCUCAAUGUUGUGGCUCCUUGGCGGGAAUGGGAUAUCACAGGAAGAGAAGAUGCCAUUGAAUAUGCCAAGAAACACAACGUGCCUGUCCCAGUGACAAAGAAAUCCAUAUACAGCAGAGACAGAAACUUAUGGCACCUGAGCCAUGAGGGUGACAUUCUGGAAGACCCUGCUAAUGAGCCAAAGGAAGAUAUGUACAUGAUGUCUACUAGUCCAGAAGCUGCACCUGACAAACCUGAAUAUGUAGAGAUUGGGAUAGUGUCUGGCCUUCCUGUUUCUGUAAAUGGGGUGAAGCUUUCCCCAGCUUCUCUACUUUCGAAACUCAAUGAGAUUGGUGGGAAACAUGGUAUUGGCCGUAUUGACAUGGUUGAGAACCGACUUGUUGGUAUGAAAAGCCGUGGAGUAUAUGAAACUCCUGGAGGCACCAUUCUCUUCACUGCUGUACGUGAGCUAGAGUCAUUAACCCUGGAUCGAGAAACGAUGCAAGUUAAAGAUUCACUUGCUCUAAAGUAUGCUGAGCUAGUGUAUGCAGGCAGGUGGUUUGACCCACUGCGGGAAUCAAUGGAUGCAUUUAUGGAGAAGAUCACAGAGAAGACAAACGGUUCAGUCAGACUUAAGUUGUACAAAGGAUCUGUGUCAGUAGCUAGCCGGACAAGCCCCAAUAGCCUGUAUAGGGAGGACAUAUCCUCCUUUGAGAGUGGGCAAAUAUAUGAUCAGGCCGAUGCAGCUGGAUUUAUUCGACUCUAUGGUCUUCCAAUGAGGGUUAGGGCAAUGCUUGAGAAGGGCAUCUGAUGAUUGUUCUUGUGAUCUACCGUCCAAUGAUCGACUUUUUGGUUCAUUCUCUUGUUUCAGGAAGACAUUUAGGAAAUCAUAACGAUUGAUUAGUUUUCAUUGCGAUUUUCUUAUAUGUAAGUUUCUCUUAGACAUGUUCUUCAGCUGAUGUUUUGUCAAGCAGGGAACUUGAAAAUUUCGGGGAUCAGUGAGUAUGGCUAUGUAAAGGAUGGUCGAUUUAGGAUGCAAAUUCUAACCAUUCACUUAUAGUUGGUGAA